AAGUGGCCAGUUUUCGACAGUCGGUUGCUCAGGUCAAAACUCCUUCCGUGAACAAAUUGUGUUACCGGUAAUAUUAAAUAUACGUACAGAAGUGUUAUUGUUUUACGUAUACACUUUCCAACUAUUGCGACAAACGGUUGCGCUCCGUGCGAUGUUCUCUUUGCUUUAAACCUUAGACAUUUUUUUUCCAUACUAUUUUAUUUUUAAAAUAAUGCAUUUAAAGAAUAUCUAAAAUCAGUUUGACAAAUCAUUGGAUCUAUUAACCAUGGCUGAGCCAAAACUACUCCUGCAAGUCUGCUUGCUGAUCACGUUGACGGCCAGUGCACUGUGUUUGAGAAAUGUCGACCAGACAAGACUUAUAGCAGAUAGGCCUAAACACCAACAGCCUUUAGGGUGGGAUAAAAACUCAAAUUUAUGGAAAAACAAACAAGGUUCUGUUCCACCAUAUGCCGUAAAAAUGGAGCCCAUGGUGCAUUACUCGCAACAGGAUCCACUAUAUACAAAUGCAAAUCAUUCAGCUACAUCAAAAAUCGACUUUGAUAGUCACGCAAGUGGGUCUGAAUUUGGAAUAUCGUCAAAUUACGGUCCACCUAACCCAGUGUACGGUGCACCGUAUCAACCAGACUAUUACAAGGAACCGGAACCAAUUAUUGAAAUUAUAAUAAAAGAAUCUAACGAGUCACUUCCAGCGCCACCAACACCGCCACCUGUUCCUAUAACAAAACCACAGAAAGAACCAGUUCAAGUUUUUUACGUAAAAUAUAAAAAAAAUCCGAAUUCGUAUGGUGAUAAAGAAGACCUCAUAUAUGAAGCACCUGUGCCUGCAAUAACGCCUAGUACCGAGGCCAUCAGUGAAAGUGAAACGGUAAUCUCUACGGAAUCGUCUCCUCUUUAUAAUUAUGUUACGGGACCUCCGGCUCCUAGUACUACGUAUAGAACAAUUAUAAAACCAGAUUCUGAAAUUUAUCAUGGAACGGGUCUUAAAGUAACAUUUGGAAAGACUGAAUCGGACUGGAGCCCGUCAAUAAAUGAAGCACAAAAGAGAGACUCUAUUAGUGAAGCAAGUGAAAUUCAAAAUAAAGUUAAAAAAUCAACCGAUCAUGAGUUUAAAAGAAGUUUUGUUCAACCCACACAGCACUCAGAUUAUCAACGAAGUAACAAUAAUUUUGAAACUCCACAUAUUACUAAUCAACCUCAAUUUAAUGGAUUUAAUACUCCAAAGCCAAGUAUUGACCACCCUCAACAGCAGUUGAAAAAACCUAGCCAACAGGUACAAAAUUACUUCCGUGAGGAUAAUCCCCGUCCAAAUUUCCAAGGUCAAAUACCUAUCAUAAAUCAACAAUUUAAACCUCAACAAAAUAAUUUUGAAGGAAUUGCUGAACAAAGACCAAUAGAUAAUUUCCGAAAUCAACAAAAUUACCAGCAAUCAAAUAGCCAGCCAAAUUUCCAACAGUUGACAAAUCCACCAAAUAAUCAGAAAUUUAAUAAUCAACAAAAUCAUCAGCAGUUAAAUAACUUGCCAAAUCAUCAACAACCAAGUAACCCACAAUAUCAUCAACAAUCAAAUAAUCAACAACACCACCAACAAUUAAAUAACCCUCAAAACAAUCAACAAUUUACAAACCAACAAAAUCAUCAACAAUUUAAUAACCAUCAAAAUCACCAACAAGUAAUUAAUCAACAAAAUCGCCCACAAUUAAUCAAUCAACAGUUUAACAAUCAACAAAAUCAUCAACAAAAUCAUCAACAGUUCAUUAAUCAACCGAGACAACCAUCAGAUUUUCAAUCGAACCUCCCUCUUAGAAAUCCAGGUCAUUUCCAAGAAAGACCUGUACAAAUCAAAACAAAUAAUGAACGACCAUUUAUAAGUAAGCCUUUUGAAAAUCGUCCAACUCAAAGUAAACCGUUUGAAAGCCGACCUAUACAAGAUCGACCUUUUGACAGCAAGCCAUUCGAAAGUCGCCCCAUCCUAGACAGUAAUUUUGAAAAUAGGCCAAUAUUUGACAGACCCUUUGAGAAUCGGCCAAUUCAAAAUAGACCAUUUGAUAAUAGACAAAAUCAAGGCACAGUUAAUUACAGACCAAGCAAGCCUCCAACUCCACAUAAUAUACCUUUAAAUCCUAAUCCAUCAUUUGUACCGAUCGAUAAACGACCGACUAAUCCAUUACCGCCGCAUCCAUCCAAUUUUAACACUCAUCCAACAAGUACGAAACAUUCAGUUGAUUUGGCCUUUUCUCCACAACAGCAACAGCAGCAGCACCAACAAUUUCAACAACAACAAUUUCAACAACAACAGUUGCAACAACAACAGUUUAGGCCAUCCGAGACGCGGCCACCAAUCAACAAUAAUCCAACGUCGUUUCAGCAACAGCCAAUAAUUAAGCAACAGCAAUUUUCACCAGAAGUGAAAACUUCUCAAAUUUCACAGUAUCAAACAUUAAAACAACAGCAGUUUAUCCCCGAAUUAAAACCGUCAGAAAUUCCACAACUCCAAAUUACUCCAUCAAAUAGUUUUGAACUCGAACCAAAUCAGCAACCGGCACAAUCUGGACAAUUUAUCGAAACAUAUAAUAGGUAUCAACCAUCAACACAAACAGAACAAAAUUAUUUCCGUCCCGACAAUAGCCCCUGGCAAGUAUCAAACCAACAACAAAGUUCGUUUAAUGUUCAACAGCAAGAGUACAAUGAACAGUUAAGUCCAAGUACAAUAAAAAAUACCGUAGACACGACAAGUAAAUCAAUCUUAAAAACAACUGAAAAACCGGCAUCGUUUGUAACGACGCAGUACAAAGAACGCAGUACACCAACUGUUACAGUGGCGACUCCCAAAUCAACUACUACUGAAGCAACUAAAAAUGAGACCAAAAAACCAGAUUUCAAAAACAUCGCUUCGCUUCCAGACGAAGUUCCUGAUGAAUUGAGGGAACAGCUCCUUUCUUCGGGAAUCCUUAGCAACGCUGACAUUCAAAUAUUAGACUACGAUAAAGUGGGUGAUAUACCAAUUGAAAAUUUACCACCCGAAGCUUUGGAAAAUUUAUAUGGCCAAGGUAGCGCUCCGAUACCUUCGGUAGUCCUACCGCCGAAUAAAUCUAAUGUCCAAAUGAAAGUCGUCAAGUACGAUCCUUCAACAGAAGAAGGGAGAAAAAUCGAAAACACAUACAUCGACCGACCCAAGUCUCAAACUCUCGACCCGGUCGUCUUAAACGACACCGGAUAUAACCGUUUUUUACCAUUGAACAUUAACGGUACUCAUUUCCCAAUACCCGACUCGCCGUUGUUGAAAAACAGAGCCAUCGGAAGUGUAGUUAUAUUAUCACCAGUGAGCUACGAUUUGUCAGAUGACCAGUCCCGAUCAUCUAGGAAUGCCGCAGUUAAAGUGAAAGGAGUCCACUUUGUUGUUGGUGAUAUAGUGAAAAAUCUUGUUAAAGACCCAAAUAGAGAAAAUUUCAAAAUCUGGCUGGAGAAAGAAAAAAGUACACCAUCUGAAGAACAGUCAGUCGUACUUUUGGUUACUAAGCCAAAUGGUAAGGAAAACGGAAAGGAAAUUUACAUGUAUGACGUGACACACAAUCAGGUCAACAAAUUGUCGGGUGAAUUGAGUGCGACUUUCGUAGAUGUGGCCGAGUCAAACUCGCAGAGUCACGAUUUGGACAACCUAUCGUCCGAAGAGGAGGUGGAUGUAUCCGGAAAUAGCACUACCGAUAAUACUACUGUCGUAUCCGGUUACAGCAAGACGAACGACUUCUCGGGCUCAAUUGUUGCCAAUGCCAAUAAUUAGACUGAUCUGUUAAACGUGCUAUUCUUAAAGUUUAAUUUAAACUUGCACUUUUUUUAUUAAUCAUUUCCUAAACCAUACAAAAAAAUAAUUACAAGUAAAUUCGUCUAUUGUUUUCAAAUAAA